CUCCAGUCCGUGGGAGGCGGGCAUGCUGGCAUGGCAGGAUGGCGGGGCCAAGGCGGCUCCUUCUCACCACAAGAUUUCCUUCUCUGUCCUGGACAUCUUGGAUCCGCAAAAAUUCACGCGAACUGCGUUCCCACCGGUGCGUCUAGCUGCCCGGGAAGCCAAGAAAAGUUUAGCGGCGGUGGAAGCAGGGGAAGCCGCCAGCCCCGAGUCUACGAUCGGGUCGCAGGACAACCCUGAUGCUACGGGUCGAGGCAUUGGCCCCGCAUCCCCCCUGGAAGGCUCGGAAGCGGAAGAGGAGGAGGAAGCUGAGGACGCGGGGCGCGCGCAGCUGCAGGAGCGGCCGGAGCGCUGGCAGGGGCUUCACCAGGGCUCUCCAGAGGCCCGGGCCGUGGUGACGGGAGUCGGGGAGAGUGGCACCGACCGGCUGCCAACGUCCCCCGGCUCCCCCGGCUCCCCGCGGCCCAGGCGCCGGCGAUCCGAGCCUAGCUGCGCCAAGCCAAGGCGCGCGCGCACAGCCUUCACCUACGAGCAGCUGGUGGCUCUGGAGAACAAGUUCCGAGCCACGCGCUACCUGUCAGUGUGCGAACGCCUGAACCUGGCUCUGUCGCUCAGCCUCACCGAGACGCAGGUCAAAAUCUGGUUCCAGAACCGAAGGACCAAGUGGAAGAAGCAGAACCCGGGGGCCGACGGCACAGUGCAGGCGGGGUGUGGUACGCCGCAGCCUGGGACACCCGGUGCAGUGGCGGGAGCCUGCGGCAGUAGCACCGGAAGCAGUCCUGGCCCCCAGGUUCCAGGCGCUCUGCCGUUCCAGACUUUCCCCACCUAUCCUGCGAGCAACGUCAUCUUUCCCCCUUCCUCCUUCCCGUUAACGACAGCCGCCACGGGGAGUCCCUUCACUCCUUUUCUUGGGCCCUCCUACUUGACCCCUUUCUAUGUCCCGCACCUGUAAAUCGGGUAUUCCAAACGAAUCGGGAUUCCCGAGUGAUCAGUAUGGUGGUGUGGACCUCUGCAUCACCGAGGGGCACUGACCGCCCCCUCCUGGUGUGUUGGUGUCUGUGUGCCCCUUCCCUCUAGCCACCAGAGGGCGAGGAGAAGCCACCUGCUGGACUCCAAACCACACAGGCCACUGAGGAGUCAAGAAAGUGUCCAGACCAAGCUGAUUUCAAACCUUCCAGCUUCUGGACGUCGCUCUUCGCUUUCAUUCACUUCCAGGACUCUGUUUUUAAAGGGCCUGGGUAGUCAAUACCAGGCUAAUAAGGGUUGCCAGGGUGGAGACCAGAGGGAGCCAAGAAUGUCCUGGGCACCAGCUGCUAUCACCAAAGACUGAAUAUUUAAAGGUCCCAGUACGUUCCGAGAAGAACUUUCCUUCCUGGUGGUGGAAUUGGCUCAACACAGUACUUCCUCUCACGUCCUGAACAAAGCUGGAGCCAGUUGGACCCAAAGCAGAAGCAGCUAUCAAAUGGACUAUUUUCAAGAUGCCUAACUCAGCAUUUCUAGAUCUUCAUUUGAGAUUCAGGCUUGAGCCAGUUACUGAUGCUAACAGACUACCUUGUUUUCUGUGUGCAGACUCUAGGUGUAUCAGGAAGUUGUUUAGCAUUGUGCCUAGACUGACGUGGAAAAGACACAACUCUGUUGCCUCGCAGGGUUUGAGAAUAGCUUGGCCAGACGACAGCAGUGCCCUAAAUGCACAAAAAGGACAGUAAAGGGAAUGAUGACCCAAAGGCUAUGGUGAAGUCUGUGUGUGAGUUGUUGUGAUGUGCUCAUCUGUCCAUCCUACACCUUCAUGGAUUUCCAAACUGACAAGUUGGAACAGAGCAAGAUCCACCAGCAGACAUUGCAGUCAGGCUUUUGACUACAUUUUUGAAAGCACAAAUGUAACAUUUAAAAUACCCGAGAUUCUGACUUGAAAACCAUUCUUGUUCUAAACAGAUUUUUUGUUGUUGUUAUUGUUGUUCCUCCUAAUGAUGGUGAACAAGCAAAAGUUGUAAGAGCCUGGAAAGAAAUACUUACCAAAUGUAAAGAGUUGUGGAGGCCAAAACCUUUUUCACCAAUGGGCUCAAGGAUACAUAUG